UUUUGACUUCUUUCCGUAUCUCCGUUAUUUAGUUUGAAAUUCGUGCAUCAGUACGGGAAUAUCCAUAUUUCAAUGCCAAAAGAUGCCUUGUAAAUGCAUGCCCAAUCACUUCACGCCAAUACAGCAUAAAGAUGCGGGAUGGUCAAUGGACCGGUAAAUUUUUGGUCGAUUCUCAGUUAAAUGACUGAAAUUACCGUUAUUUUGCAUCCCUAAUACAGCAGCCCGCUGUUGAUUGGCGUGAUUGCGCAUGCGUUAGCCGUGGUGGGAGAGAGCUCGAGCUCAGACCCAGUGAACACUCUCAGCUGAUCAACAGCACAUCGUGAGAUCCCUUGUUGCUCAUUUAUUGUCAAUCGUUUACGGAGAUAUUGAGAAUAGGAGUAAUUGUUGGUAAGUGGCUGUCUCAUCGAGUCUCGCAUUUAAAAUAUUAAUUCCGAUAAUAUCACGAAGUGAGAACUGAUAUUCCUUAUGAAUUCAUACAUUUUUUAGGUUAUAAAUUCAGCAGGUGUCAAAUUCUAGUGACUAUGGCACCUGGAAAGAAUUAUGAUCGCUGCUGCAAUCCUCACAAUGCGGAGAAUCAUAAGAAGACAAAAUCAUUGAGAACUCCAUCGAAGCGAUUACGUGAGAAAUGGGGAUUAGCUGAAGACGACAGGAUAUGUGUCAAGUGUAGGAAGUUAUGUGGAGAAUUAGACGCCCCAAUAAAUAUAAAUCCGAUGGAUUUACCUUCACAUCACGCUGGUAGUAGUGGAGAAUCUUCUAGCACCCUCACACGAGCAACUGAAGAUUCCUGCGCAAUGCAUGAAGAUUGUGAUGCAUGGGCGCCAUUGGCCAUGGAAUUGGGGAGUGAUAUCCCAGAACGCUCAGAUGAUGCAGACAUAGAAGCUGAUACUGCUGAAGUACUGACCCAAACCAGCAAGUUAUCGGAGCUUAGCAUCAAGAUUCCGAGAGGAGAGUCCGAGAGGAGUGAAUCAUUUACAUUGACACAAAAUAGCAAAUCAUCAGAGUUGAGCAUCAACACGUUGCUGCCCACGAUCAAUGAGGGUCUAGCAAUGCUUAAUCAAUCUCCUAUUCCGAAAAGGAAAUUAACAAUAAUCCCUUAUCUGAAAGAAAAGGUCAACCGAAUCUGCUAUAAUUUGCAACGAUUGUUGGGAGUCGUGGAGAAUGGUGAACAAAGUACUGAUUUAAAUGAUAUUAUCGAUCGAUUAAAGGCCAAAUAUCACAGCGGAAACACUACCAAAGCCCAAAAGAUUCAAAUACUUACGAUAUUGCCAUCCGAGUGGAGUACUACUAAGGUAGCAAGAAUCAUGGGUGCAACAACGUAUAUGGUUAAAAAAGCUAAAAAUAUCUCUAGGACGAAAGGGAUAUUAUCAAUGCCGGAUGCAAAAUUAGGACGACCAAUUCCAGACGAAACGUUGACAGCUGUGGAGCAAUUUUAUAAUGAUGAUCGGGUUAGUAGUAACAUGCCUGGUAUGAAGGAUUAUGUUUCUUCUAGAAACAGCGCGAAUGAACGAAUUCAUAUCCAGAAACGAUUAAUUCUCUCAAAUCUGAGAGAAUUAUACGAAUUCUUCCGAGAGGACCAACCUUCGGUUGUCAUCGGCUUCUCAGCAUUCGCUUCCUUAAGACCGAAAUAUUGCGUACUGGCAGGUGGGAGUGGUACACAUACUGUGUGUGUCUGUCCGAUCCAUCAGAAUGUGAAAUUGAUGAUGAUCGGUGCGAAUUUCAAAAGAUUAACAGCGUCUUCUGCACACCCAUUGGAACAUUACAGUGAAUGUUUGAAAUUAAUGACAUGUCGCAACCCAUCACCACAGUGUAAUCUUGGCGAGUGUACAAAUUGUCCCGGGUCUGCUGUUCUUCAUGACACUUUGAAAUCAACAAUGGAGGUUGAAGAAAUUGAUAAUGUUGUCUACAAAAAUUGGAUAUCAGUCCCUCGAGCCAACCUCGAAACCCUAACAAAAACUACAACGGAAUUCAUUGAUGACUUUUGUGAGAAAAUGGAACGACUUUUACCACAUGCGUUUAUUGCCAAAGAACAGUCAUCUUAUCUGAAGGAGAAACGAGAGUCACUGCAGAAUGACGAAUUCCUGGUAAUUUGUGAUUUCGCGGAGAACUAUGCCUUCGUCGUACAAGAUGCAGCACCAGCAUUUCAUUGGAAUAACGAUGCGGCGACGGUGUACCCAGUGGUGAUUUAUUUCAAAGAGAAUGAUCUCAUUGCUCAUAAAAGUCUUGUGAUUAUUUCGGAUUGUUUAUCUCAUGAUACUGUAGCCGUUUACAUAUUUACCAAAAUUAUUAUUCAUUUCAUCAAGGAAAUCAAUCAAGACGCGAAAAAAAUCUAUUACUUUUCGGAUGGUGCGCCACAACAGUUCAAAAAUCUGAAAAAUUUCAUCAAUUUAUACUACCAUAAAGAGGACUUUGGAAUCAGAGCCGAAUGGCAUUUUUUCCCUACUGCUCACGGAAAAGGGCCAUGCGAUGGUGUUGGCGGUACUGUCAAGAGACAAGCAGCACGAGCCAGUCUGCAGCUGCCGCCAGACAAGCAGAUUACCAAGCCAGGGGAACUUUAUCACUGGUGUUCGCAACCGAAUCAUCUCCCGAAUAUCACAGUCAAAUUUUCAUCUCAGAAUAAUUAUGAUGAAAUGAAAGAGUUUCUCAACGCUCGUUUCACUAGUGCUCAAACGAUUCCGGCUACUCUCAAAAUCCACUGUGUAAUUCCUGGCACGGAUGGUAAUUUAUUUGUGAAACGUUUUUCACGUUCCGAAGAUUUUAAAUGUCACAGGAUUGUCAAGAAUGUGGCAGGAAUCCUGAAAAACACAGAGAGAAAUCCGAAAACGCAGAAAUCCGUCAGAAAACUUCAAAAUAAAUGAACAUUGGGACUAUGAAAUGAUCAUCAAAUUCGCGACAACUCUUAGU